AUGAAUGCCGUAACUUAUGACCAUAGCAGACAUGUUGAUACGUUGUCAUGUCGACUAGCUUACUGUACAAAGUGUCUUACUAAUCUUUCGAAGACAACAGGAGAUAUGAAAUGCCCCGAGUGUCGAGCCCAUAUUGUUCCUCUCGAUUACCAUGUCUGCAACCUUGGGGCGGCGUCGUCAACAAACGGUCGUUAUGAUUUUGCGGAAGACCAUGCCAGUGCCAUUGAAGGACCUACUUCAUGUAGCGCUUAUCAUAGAAAAGCAUUUAAGCAACUGUGUGUUGAUUGUGGAUUGAACCUGCGUGAAUCGUGCUGCACGGCUCAUAAAAUCGUUCCUGCGACCACGGUUCCCAAGUACGGAUACAAACAAACACAGGCCAUACACAGACUCGGAACGCACUCAGUGAGUCACGUAGACGAACUACACAAGUCACGCUGUGCUUCAUGCAAUGUCCCAAUCGAUUAUCGAGCUCCUCGGCGUAAUCACCUAUGCUCGGGUGACGUCAUGCAUAGAGUUAUGAGAAAAUUACAAGAAAAGGAGAAAGAAUGUCAGAAGUCUUCCGAGUCGGUCACGUGUGAGCUGGUUGCUAUGGAGGAACUUUACCAAGCUGAAGCCACCAGUGUGACGAGACACGUUGCAGAAAACAUGGAAAAGAUGGAGAAAAACAGUGAUAGGCUAUUGCAAGAUUUGAAGAAGGAAAAGGAAUUAAAAUCAAGAUAUUUGGAAAGCGAAUUUCAUCGGUAUGCAAGAAAGGGAAAAGAUAUUUCCAGUACACGCAGUUUGAUUAAUGUGCUACAAGAGUACUUCAAUAACGGUGAAAUAGUUUCAAAAUUCCAGAAAACCUUGUCCUAUGUGGAUCAACUUGACCUUGCCACCGAUAAACACACCGAACAAGACGACUGCGUGAAGUCUAGACCCAGUUUGGAAAUCUUAGAAUGUUCUCAUGGAACAACUACGAGUUGCAAUGGGACAAUCCCUCGAAUAAGUACACCUGCGUGUGAGUCGCCUAAUGAGGGAUUCGGCGCGGAAGAGGAUUUGGGAAACCCAGGCGAAUCAGUCAAUACGGUUACUGCUAGUAUGACGGAGCCACGCAACAAGGUAACGCAUAUAGCUGGAAGCUCUACAGCACAGUUUUCCGAACACCCUGAAGAUAGCAGUGUGGUAGGAGCAAAUGACGUUGAUGGCGCUGGUGUCUUCGAAAAAGAUUUGAACCACCAAAAGCCGACCCGUGACCUACGCCAUCAGAGCCGAGCUAGCAGGCAUUUGUAUAAACUCAGAUGGGACUGUCGACGUUAUUCAGUUCGUCAUUAA